AUGGGACCGAAGGGUGACAAGGGCGUCUGCACGAAUUUGGCUCUGCCCGGCUCGCCGAUGUCCGGCUCGCAGAUGAUGGUCUCCGGCCCGCCCGGACCGCCAGGAUUGCCUGGACAACCCGGCAAACCGGGUCGUGACGGGCUGAACGGGUUGCCGGGGCCGAAAGGUGAACGCGGGCUGCCUGGAUUUGAUGGGGAGAGCAAGGUGGGACCCAAAGGAGACCCGGGCGAACCAGGCCGAGAUGGAAUGCCAGGACCCCGUGGCCCGGCCGGCGAGCGAGGACCAAAGGGUGAGAAGGGCGAGCGCGGAGACCGUGGUCACAACGGUACCCCCGGAAACCCCGGAGCCCCCGGCGUUGCCGUAUCUGCCGGAAAUUCCGGACGUGGAAACGGAACCCCGGGUCCACCAGGACCUCCCGGACGUGAUGGAAGAGAUGGCGAGAAGGGCGAGAAGGGCGAACCGGGUACGAGUGGACCCCCAGGACCCGAGGGACCGAUCGGGCCGCCCGGCGAGAUCGGCAAGAAGGGCAGACGCGGAAAACCCGGCCUCCCCGGCCCGCCCGCCUCGAACCAGUUGGGCAACACCGACGAGCUGUUGCGCGAGCUGAUGCCCGCGAUCAAGGAGCAGUUGACGGAGAUCCGGGGUCGUGCCGGCGCACCAGGGCCCAAAGGAGACCCCGGAGUGAUGGGCCCACAAGGACCGCCAGGACCGAGAGGGCCAUCCGGUGAACCUGGCGAGAAGGGUGACCAGGGCAUCCCGGGGCUAGACGCACCAUGUCCAAUUGGGCCCGAUGGACUGCCGAUGGAGUUCUGCGCCUGGAAGAAUGGGGAGGGCUCAAACGUGCGCACGAAUUACGGCAUGCAGGGGAACCUUGGGAUGGAGGACAGCGAGUUGCGCUAUGAGGAGGUGGAAAAAGUCUAU